CGGUCUUCGCCAUGAGGAGAGCCUAGUGAAAACAGGAACAUUUGUAGAGCGUUAAGUCGUCUGUGCAAAAAUAAUAAUAAUAAUAACAGUAAUAAUAAUAAUAAUAAAGAGGGGGGAAAAUUAACAUCAGCGAAUUGAAUCUGAAUUUAACGGACUGCGGUGUGCGCGAGACACGUUUAUGCGCGCAUGACCUGACCGUUUGAAAGCGCGUGCUGUUUGAAAUUGCGGGCUAAGCGCUAGUUAGCUAGCUAGCUAAGUAGCUAGCAUUAGCCGCUCAGCUAACAGUAAUAGAAAUAGUGAUAAUAAUGAGCACUAAAGUGGUCCAGGUGACCAACGUGUCUCCGAGCGCGACCUCGGAGCAGAUGAGGACUCUUUUCGGUUUUCUGGGAAACAUCGACGAGCUCAAACUGUUCCCACCAGAUUCAGUGAUUCUCCCUUGCCUGUGACUUCCCGUGUCUGUUUUGUAAAGUUCCUCGAAUCUGAAUCAGUUGGCGUUUCGCAGCAUCUGACGAACACGGUCUUCGUGGACAGAGCUUUGAUCGUCGUCCCAUUCGCAGAAGCGAAGCAGUCGACGUGAGUCGCUUGUUCAUAAAACAGCUAAUGAAAAUUGAAAGCAGCUCCCCUGGACAACCGGCUGUGUGCUUGCUUACAUUUGGUUCAUGACUUAGAAAAAGUUCAGGUGUGAUCCCUGAUGAGUCCAAAGCGCUGUCGCUGAUGGCUCCAGCCAACGCCGUCGCAGGGAUGUUGCCAGGUGGUGGACUUCUCCCCACACCCUCUCCAGUGCCAUCUAUCGGUGGCGUUCCUCUUGGCUCUCUGGCCGGGCCUGGCAUGGACGCCAUGGCAGCUUUAGGUAUUCCUGGGCCCAAUAUGAAUCCUCAGUCUUUGUCAGCAGAGCAGAUUAUGAAGCUCAUGGCAUCAAUGGAUCCCAAGUUAAAUCCAUUGGCUGCUGGAUUAAACCUAAACGCUGGAUUAAAAGCAGAUGCGUCCAACAAGGAAAUCGAGGAGGCCAUGAAGAGGGUGAGGGAAGCCCAGUCCCUGAUCUCUGCUGCCAUUGAGCCAGGAAAUAAGAAGGAUGACAAAAGGAAGCAUUCAAGGUCACGGUCAAGGUCACGGAAGAAGAGGUCGAGGUCUCGCUCCAAAUACAGGCGUUCCAAGAGCCGGUCAAGGCGACGGUCUCGCUCCAGGAGCAAGCGGAGGUCUAAGAGCCCUCGCCGAAGGAGAUCUCACUCUAAAGACAAGAGGAGGCGCUCCAGAUCAAGGGAUCGGAGAAAGCGCUCAAAAACUCCACCAAAGAGCUACAGCGGUGGCAGACGCUCCCGCAGCAUCAGUCGCAAACGCCACAGGAAGAGCCGCAGCAUCUCCCACUCACCGAAAAAGUCCAGAUCUCCAAAAAGGAGGCUCUCUAGAUCUCCUUCACCCAGGAGGCAUAAGAAGGAGAAGAAGAAGGACAAGGAGCGAGAAAGAGACCGGGACAGAAAAGAAGACCAGAACCGAGAAAAGAGAGAACGUUCAAACAGCAAGAAGAGCAAAGACAAGGAGAAGGAGCGAGACAGGAAGUCGGACGGAGAGAAGAGCGACGUAAAGGUGAUCCGGGAUUACGACGAAGAAGAGCAGGGCUACGACAGCGAACACGAGGAAGAGCAGGAAAGGAGCCCGGACAUGGCGCCGUCUCCGCACGCAGACGCCGGGAGAGGAGACUCGGACCAACACAGCGACGAGCAGCAGGACGAAGACAUGGACAUGAGCGACUGACGGCAUGCACAACAACAGCACACGAUUCUGACAUACAUUUUUAAAAAAAAUCUGCUCAUGCAACAUUUAUGGUCCUAAAUUAAAAGUGAUAGUUUUACCAAGUACAAUUCGGUUCAUUUUGCCCUUUCGACAAACGUAGUCAGUUAGACCAGACGUGUUUGGUGUCCACAAUUCGCUCUGAUAUGUUUUGUACCAGAAUGAGCCAAACAAAUGUGUUUUGAGGUGUGUAUGUGUGUGUGUCUGGCUUAUCAGCUACAUUUGGAAUAACAGGAACAUUGUGUUAAUGUCACAACUAUCACUUUAAAGUUAUUCGACGCAGAGCUGACGUUAUCGGUGAAACAGAACGAUGGGAUAUUUUCACUAGAAUGUUGUUUUUAUGUCACUACAUCGCCAUCCUUACUGCUGUACUCACACGUAACAUGUUUUAAUUCUUUUAAUACCCUGCCAUUCAUCCAUCCAUCCAUCCAUCAGUACUUUUGUUUUUCAGUGUAAGAGAAAUCUCUCAGCGGAGUAUUUGUGUGCCGAUUAGUUAUUCGCAUUAAACAAAAACGACUCGCUUAUCGUUUCACACGUUAAUCAUUAUAGAACUCCGGUGUGCUGCGUGGGAUACUUGAGUGUUUGCAGGGAUGCUUUGGAAAAAUCACUGCUUUUGGCUUUUUUUGUUUUGUUUUCUUCUCAAUUUUAAAUUUAAUUUAAAAUUGUAACUGUGAAUAUUACUGGUGAAGAGGCUUGAUGUUCAUUCUUUUCUUUUCUUUUUAAAAAACGAUUUAAUCGUCCAGAAGCAAUAGGAGCAUUUUCAGGAUAAAGAAGAGAGAGAGAUAGAAAGAAUGAAAAUAUUUCCAACCGUGCAGUGUGAACUAGAAAUUGAAAUUGUAGAGACGAUUAAAUCGUUUUAUCGUACGAGCCUACUUGUCAAAUAGGUUUGUUGCCUUUUGUUUUGUUUUGCGUAGUCAUGUUUUUUUUUUUGUUUGUUUGUUUGUUUUUUAAAUCCCGGGAUUGUAGAUUUCUUUAGAGAGCGGUUAAAAUUCUGGUUAUUAUUUGCAGUGUUGUGAAAGUUGAAAAUAAAAAUUUAAGUCUUGUGA